UUUCCGAAUGCCCCUGAUAAUCUGCAGAAGGUCUGCAGCUACCUUUUGGCUUCGUUGGUCUACCACCAUGACCACUUAGUACGAACACUAGAUGAGAGUCACAUUCUGUUUAACUCGCCGCUGUUUCGUAGUCCUGAACUGGUGCUGGCUUUGAAAUCUAAAGUGGUGUGUCGAUGCAAGCGUCCGGGUGAUGCCGUCAGAGCUAGCGGUGUACCACCUCAUCUCGGAGUUAUUGUGAACAUGAACCGUAGACUUGACAACGUGGAUACCAAUAUUUCCCAGUUGUACGAUCAGAUAUCUAGCGUG